UCAAGCCACUGAGUCACCCAGGUGCCUCAAAUUAUUUCAUAUUUUUAAAAUCAUGUUUUAAGUUAUAGUUAGGUUUUUUAAAAUUUCCCUUGGAAAUUUAAUUUUCAAGUUAAAACCAAUGCUCCAGGAAACUUAAUUAUCAUUAUCUUUCUAGAGAUAAGUAAAGAGGGUUAGAGUAGGUAUCACCACAUACUCAAUUUCACACACUCCAGAAUACUGCAAUGUCUCAUAUAGUUACUACAUUCAGAUAAUAACCACUCCAUCUUCCAUCCAGAUUUCUAACUUGCGUAAGUUGCAUCAAAACACACAAAAACAAAUUAAAUCCCUCACAUGAGUCACACUCAGUUAAGGCUCACAUAUAUCAACCUCAAAGUUACACCGUUGUAAUCACCUGCCCUUUCACUGUCAUACAAUUCAUCCGAGACUUGGGUACAGUAACACAUCACUUUCACAUACUUUGUAUAUUUCACUCAACACCUUGGACAAUAUCAAGUGCAAACCAUCUCAUACACGUAACCAAGAAUCAGACUCAGAAACAAUCACUUGUCACAGAUACAUUUCCUCACAUCACAAUUUGAGAUGGGGUUUCUGGACUUUCAAUAAGGUUAGAAAUCUUUAGAUCUGUCCUUUCUGGCAGGUAAUCUGUACUAGCUUCCACCCCUCUCAGUCAAUUCUGGUAUCUCACACACACACUUAGACGUCACACGUCGCUUCAUGCCUCUCCCACGCAUAUAUGCAAGGCUCAGUACGCGCUCGCCCCGCCCCUCUGGGUCCCCCGGGUCUCGGGCAGGUCCAGCUUCCUUCCUUCUCGCGACACUCACUACAGCCAACCGCUCCUGCUGGUAUGGUAGACUCAACACAAACAGCCUCCCACAGAAUGUUACAAGGUCACUGCUCGGAUAGCCUCGUCGCCCGCAAGCGGGCGUAAUCAAUCAUACUGUCUCAAAUGGCCCCUCACGCAUAAGCCACGUCAUAUUACACCACCUCAUAAUCACUGAACGUGGCCGUGUUCACCGCGUGAACUCACACGGGUCUACAGCACGACCGCUAUUUCAAACGGCCUCAAAAACGUUUCACAAACGAGUUUCCUCGCGUAUAUGACAACUCAGUCGGUGUAACGUACAGCCUCUUCCUCUUGUGCCGACUCACCCUCGGGCACUCGCACCUUCCGACUCAGACAACUUAUCUCACACCGCCACCUUACAGAUGAAAGCCGAAUCCUUCCGCACCGCUACCUUACAGAUGAAAGCCGGAUCCCUCCGCACCAGACAACAACAAUCCUCUCAAACCACAGCACGUGCGCGUCCACGUUGAGGGAGUAGGGACAGCCACGGUGCCAGGCCUGAAAUCCGCCCUCAGAGGAAUCCGAGGUCCAGAAUUCAGACCCCAAAUUCGGGUCUGAGCCUUGGAAACGGGGAGGUUGUGACAGCACUCGAGGCCCGAACGAAGCUGCGCAGGUGCAUCCCGAAGCCUGGAAGAUUUACCUGGUUCAUUUCCGGGGGGGUUUUCCCUUUCGGACUACGUUUCCCAGAAGACACUGUGGUCCAAUGCUACUUCCGGUGGGAAAGUCGGCCGCCGAGGUCGGUGAGGCAGUGUGUGUGCCGGGCGAGGCGUCCGGCCUCGCCUGGAAUGCGAAUCAGAAUUUGGACUAGAACCUUUCCUGAGGAUGCUGAAGCAAUACUUUCUUUGGACUGUGAGUUUCUUCUAAAGUGGAACUAAGAAGAGGACUAAUAAAUACAUUGAAUUCUAAAAAAAGCCAUGGCCCAUAUUUCACACAUAAAUGAGAUCAUGUGGUAUUUGUCUUUCUCUGUCUGACUUACUUCACCUAGUAUAAUGCCAUCAAGGUCCAUCCAAGUUGUUGGAAAUGUACUGUGAUUUGUCAUUUUAGGGGUUGGUGAUGUUCAAAGAUGUGGCUAUAGAUGUCUCUCAGGAGGAAUGGGAAUGCCUGAACCCUACGCAGAGGAGUUUGUACAAAGAUGUGAUGUUGGAGAACUAUAGCAACUUGGUUUCACUGGGACUUUCUAUUUCUAAGCCGGCUGUGAUCUCUUCAUUAGAGCAAGGGAAGGAGCCCUGGAUGGUUGUGAGGGAAGUGACAGGAGAACAGUGCCCAGACUUGGUGCCCAGGUGUGAGGCCAAGAAGUUAUCUCCAAAAGACAUUUAUGAGACAGAGUCAUCCCAAAUGGCUAUCAUGGAAGACUUUAAAAGUCAUAAUCCUGAGAAAUCCAUUUUCAGAGAUAUUUCGGAAUGCAAUACUCAGUUUGAAAGACAACAGGAACAAGAGGGCUAUUUCAGGCAAUUUGUUAUCAACCAUGAACAUAUGCCUAUAUUUAACCAACAUUCUUUGCUAACUCAGGAAUUUUAUAAUAGAGAGGAAAUCUUUGGAUGUAAAGAAUGUAGAAAAAACUUCAGUUACCACUUAUUUUUUAGUGAUCACAGAAGAGCUCAUUCUAAAGAAAAACUGUCUGAAUGUAAGGAAUGUGCAGAAAUUCUUAAUAUAUCAUAUCUUACUAAACAGAGAAUUCAAAAUAGUAACAAGUGCAAUGAAUGUAAGGAAUGUUGGAGAGCUUUUAUUCAUUGUUCACAACUUAAGCAACACCUGAGAAUCCAUAAUGGCGAAAAACGCUAUGAAUGUAAAGAAUGUGGGAAGGCCUUUAAUUAUGGCUCAGAACUUAUUCUGCAUCAGAGAAUUCACACUGGUGAAAAACCUUAUGAAUGUAAAGAAUGUGGGAAGGCCUUUAGGCAGCGAUCACAGCUUACUCAACAUCAGAGACUUCAUACUGGUGAAAAACCUUAUGAAUGUAAGCAAUGUGGGAAGGCUUUUAUUCGUGGCUUUCAACUUACUGAACAUCUACGACUCCAUACUGGUGAGAAACCCUAUGAAUGUAAAGAAUGUGGAAAGACUUUUAGGCAUCGCUCACACCUUACCAUACAUCAGAGAAUUCAUACUGGUGAGAAACCCUAUCAAUGUAGAGAAUGUGGAAAGGCCUUUAGCUAUCACUCAAGCUUCUCUCACCAUCAGAAAAUUCAUUCUGGCAAAAAACCUUAUGAAUGUAGUGAGUGUGGGAAGGCCUUUUGUGAUGGCUUACAACUUACCCUGCAUCAGAGGAUUCAUACCGGUGAGAAACCCUAUGAGUGCAAGGAAUGUGGGAAGACUUUUAGACAGUGCUCACACCUCAAAAGACAUCAGAGAAUUCAUACUGGUGAGAAACCUCAUGAAUGUAUGAUAUGUGGUAAGGCCUUUAGACUUCAUUCACACCUUAUUCAACAUCAGAGAAUACAUACUGGUGAGAAGCCCUAUGAAUGUAAGGAAUGUGGAAAGACCUUUAGCUAUCAUUCAAGCUUUUCACACCAUCAGAGAAUUCAUUCUGGGAAGAAACCUUAUGACUGUGGAAAGGCUUUUAAUCAUGGCUUGCAAUUUAAUAUACAUCAGACACUUCAUACUGUUGAGAUGCCAGUAAGGUUUCCUCUUCUCUCUCCCCAUCCUAGUCUAGCAUCAUGAAAUUAUUUUUAGAAAUUUACAUUUUCUUUUUUUUUCUUCAAGAUAAAUGUUGGUAAAAUAAUGAAUUUCAUUAGUAUUGAUUUAUUUCAAUGAUCCUUGAAAAAAAAAAAACUUCAGGCAGGGAAAAUUGAAAAAUUAUUAACAGGUAAAAAUUGCUCUAGUUCCAAUGCUGUUUCUAAGUUAUUAUAAUCAAUAUUGGAAAUAAAUUUUAUAAAUAGUGUUUUCACUGAAACCAGUGAAGUGGCAGAAAUAAAAUGAAAACAAUUUAUUCCCCUCCCACACAUCUGUGAGAGCCACUAUGUGUGUGUUGCUCCUUCCUGCUCAAACAUACCUGCAAAUAUGGAGGGCUUAUUGCAUGUAUAUGGAAGAUUUUACCGCCUAUAGUGACAUAUUUCACAGCAAUUUCUUUUUGCACUUAAAUAAUUGUGGACUUUUUUUCCAGGUGAAUACAUACAGAUCUAACUUAUUGUUUUUAAAGCUCCUGAAUAUUUCUGGUAUAGGAUGUAUGUCCAUAUUUUAAGCCAUUCCUUCCUAUAGACAUUUGAUUGCUCUAUUUCUUUUUCAUCCCAAAGGAUCAUACAGUAAAUAUUCUUAUCUCAUCAUUCUUUUAUUUCCAUUGGGUAGAUUGCCAACUGUGAGAGCGUAUGUAGUUUUGAUGUUACAUUAAUUUUUUAGUUUAAAAAUUUAGGUAAUAAAAAUACAUGCUACAAAAUUCAAAAGUUAUCAAACAAGUAAAGUAAGAAUUAAAGCUUUCUUAAUACCUGAUUCUAUAGGACCAGCUGUCAGGUCUUUGUAUUCUUCCAGGGAUUAAAUUUUUUAAAUUCUUUGGAUGAAAGUGGAUUAAUCAUAAUCUUUGUUUCAUGAAAUUCUCAUCGUUCCAAAUUUAGCCCUCUUUCAUUUCAGUAUUUCCAAGGGAUUUACAGACGUGCCAACUAUCAAUUUACUGCCUGUCUUCUCCAAAUCCUUCAUUGCCUGCAAUCCUUCGCUGCAAUAUUGGAACUCUCUCUUUUGUUUAUAACAUUAUUUAUCUGAGUCCUCUGUCUCUUUGUUUUUGGUUAAGUCAGACUAGCUAAUAGUUUUUCAACUAUAUAUUUUCAAAGGGCCAACCCUUGGUUUUAUUGAUCUUUUCUAUUGUCUUUUAAGUAUCUUUCAUUUAUAUCUGCUCUUAUAUCACUUCCUUCCUUAUGCAAACUUUGGGCUUAGUUCUUUUUUCUAGUUUCUUGGGGUGUGAAGUUAGGUACUUAAGAUUGUUUCCCCCUAAUGUAGCUUUUAUCCCUGUAAACUCCCCCAUUAGAACUGCAUUUAUUAUAUCCCAUAUGUUUGUUUCCAUUUUCAUUUUUGUUAAGAUAUUGUCUGAUUUCCAUUUGAUUUCUGUUUUGAUCAAUUGGUUGUUCAGGAGUGUGUACUCCUGAAUAUGUAUAAUUUUCACAUAUUUGUGAAAUUUUCCAGUUUUCCUCCUGUUAACGAUUUGUAGUUUCAUACCAUUGUCGUCAAAAAAGUUACUUGAUAGGAUUUCAAUCUUAAAUGUGCUAAGACUUAUAGCCUAACAUACGAUUUAUGCUGGAGAAUGUUGUGUGUGUUCUUGAGAAGAAUGUGUAUUCUGCUGCUGUUGGGUGGAAUAUUCUGUGUAUGUUCGUUAGUUCCAUUUGGUCUAAAGUGUUAUUCAAGUCCACUCUUUCCUUAUUGAUUUUCUGUCUGAAAAGAGCUACUGUUGAAAGUGGGAUAUUGAAUUUCUCUGCUCUUUUUAUUGCUAUCUACUUCUCCCUUCAGAUCUGCCAGUAUUUGCUUCAUAUAUUUAAAUGCUCUGGUGUAGGAUGCAUAUAUAUUUACAAUUGUUAUAUUCUCUUUAUGAAUGAUCACUUAUAUAAUGACUUGUGACAGAUUUUGACAAAAAGUCUAUUUUUAGUGAUAUAACCACCCCUGCUCUCUUUUGGUGAUCAUUUGAACAGAAUAUCUUUUUCUGUCCUUUCACUUUUAGUCUAUGUGUGUCCUAAAGCUAAAGUGAUUCUCUUGUAGUCAGCAUAUUUUGGAAUUCUUCUUCGUCUCUGUCUCCCUGUCUCUCUCCCCCUCCCUCCUCCCUCUCCCUCCUUCUCCUUCCUCUCCCUCCUCCCUCACUUCUGCCUCCUCAUUCUCCUUCUACUCCUCUUUCUCCUUCUUUUUUUGGUCCAUUCAACCACUCUAUGGCCUUGAUUGGAGAAUUUAAUUCUUUACAGUUAAAGCAAUUAUUGAUAGGUAAGAUCUUAUUGCCAUUCCAUUCAUUGUUUUCUGACUGCAUUGUAGUUCCUUUGUUCCUUUCUUCCUCUCUUGCUGUCUUCCUUUGUGAUUUGAUGAUUUUUUUAAAAAUAGAAGUAUGCUUUGGUUCCUUUCUUGUGUAUUGACUAUAGGUUUUUUCUCUUGGUUACUAUGGGGCUUACAUAAAACAUCUUACAACCAUAACAGUCUAUUUUAAGGUAAUAGCAACUUCAGUUGCAUAAAAAUUCUCUGCUUUUACCUCUGCCCUCCCCCUAAGUUUUAUUAUAUUGAUGUCAUAUUUUAUGUCUUUUUAUAUUGCAUAUCAAGAAAUUACAGUAGCUAGUUAUUUUUAAUAUAUUUUGUUUUUUUUAACUUUUAUACUCAAACAUGAUUUAUGCACUACUUUUGCAAUAUUAUUGUGAAUUUGACUAUUUACCUUUUCCAGUGAGUUUUAUACUUUCCUAAGAUUUCAUGUUGUCACUUAGUGUCCUUUCAUUUCAACUUGAAUUCCCUUUAGCAUUUCUUUUAAGACAGGUCUAGUCGUGAUGAACUACCAUAGGUUUUGUCUGAGAAUGUCUUAAUCUUGCCUGUGUAGCUUGCCAUAUACAUUUUAAGUUAUCAAAAUCUACUUUACCUGUGUAUUAAUUCCAGAGAGAUACAGAAAUGUUACCCAUAUAUAGCUCUGUUUCUUGUUCUUCCAUUUUGUGUUAUUAUACAUAUUAUAUCCUGUUAUGAACCUAAACUUUAUAUGUUUUGUGUCUACUAAAGAUGCUGAGUAAAGAAAAGAAGCAAAGUA